AUGCUGAAGAUAAUAUUUGUUCUAGCGAUAAGUUUCUCGACUCUACCACGAACAACACCAUGCGUAACUGUCUAUGGUCAAUGUGGAGGCAAAGAAUGGAAAGGUCAAACAAAUUGCUGUGCUGGUUCAAAAUGUAUGUUCGGUAAUGAGUAUUACUCUCAAUGCUUACCAAGUAUUGAAUCAUCAACUUCAAGCGGUAGUACUACUAGUAAAACCACGCAAUCGCCAUCGGUCAGCGAUGGUCGACAAAGUGGUGUGACCACUCGUUAUUGGGAUUGUUGCAAAGCGAGUUGUGGUUGGUCAGGCAAAGCAUCGGUUACGAAUCCAGUGAAAACUUGUGCACGAGAUGGCAUUACUCCCGUUGAUGUCAAUGCUCAAUCAGGUUGUAAUGGCGGCGGUGCGUACAUGUGCAAUAAUCAACAACCGUGGAAUGUUAGUUCUACUCUUUCUUAUGGAUAUGCAGCUGCUUAUAUAAAUAAUCAACGAGAAUCAGAUUGGUGCUGUGCAUGUUAUUCGUUGGUAUUCACAUCGGGUCCAGUUGUUGGCAAAGAAUUGAUUGUUCAAGUAACGAAUACCGGCGGCGAUUUAGGCAAAAAUCAUUUUGACCUACAAAUGCCUGGUGGCGGUGUUGGUAUUUUCGAUGGAUGUUCGAGUCAAUUUGUUGGUUCGUUUUCAUGGGGUGAUCGGUAUGGAGGUGUUCGCGCACGAUCGGACUGUUAUAAGCUUCCGCCAAGCAUUCAAGCUGGUUGCUUGUGGCGAUUCGAUUGGUUUCAAAAUGCGGACAAUCCAUCGAUGAAUUUCAAACAAGUUCCAUGCCCAGCUGCUCUUACUGCAAAUACACAAUGCGUUCGUAGAUAG